AUGCGUCCAACUGCCGCAUGGGGUCCAGAUGCCAAUGGUGGCCAUGGGCUCAUGGACUGCGCCGGCAACAACUACUCCUGUGCACAAGAGCAUGCGCGACAUGCUGUGCAGUCGUGGCUGCAGGAUGUUGGUGGAACUCAUGUGGAUUCCGCCAACGACUAUCGAACCCAGGUACAAGUUGGUGAGGCCUUGAAAGCCUCCGGUCGUGCGCGGGAGGAGGUCUUCGUCACCACGAAAUGUCCUGGGGCCAUUGGCUUCAAUGCCACCCUCCAGUGCAUCGAGGAUAACAUUCAGAUGCUGGGCUUCUACAGCGAAGCGAAGCCCUACAUCGAUUUGGUGUUGGUCCACUUCCCCUUCGCCGUGAAGCCAGAGUGCAACGGCAUCACCGGAGGACCCGAAUGCACGCCUCCCUACUACGACCCGGGCACGGAGGUGCGCAGGGGCACAUGGGCGGCCAUGGAGUUGGCCCUUCGCUUGGGGCGUGUGCGUGCCGUGGGGGUGUCCAACUAUGAGGUGAAGCACCUGGUGGAAAUCAGCGACUUUGCAGAGAAGCCCGCAGUGAAUCAGGUGGAAUGGCACCCCUACCAUCACGAUGAUCAGCUGAAGGCCUACUGCGAUGCCAAUGGCAUUCAGGUCGAAGCCUGGUCUCCUUUGUCUGGGCAAAAUGCCAGCGCUUUGUCGGACCCAACUGUGAAGGACUGA